UUCAUUUAGCAACCGUUGUGCCUCGGUGCGGGAGGAUGGUUCGUAUCCUGGCCAACGGAGACAUUGUGCAGGAUGACGACCCCCGGGUCAGGAAGGUGCCUCCGCGCCGAGAGGAGCUCAACAGGGGCCGGCAGGGUUUCACCCGUAAUGCAGACAACACCAACCAGCCUCACAUGGGGCCUGUCAACCAAGGGCAAUCCCUGUUUGCAGAUGCAAAUCAACGUUUGAUCAACAUGGGAUUUCCACGCUGGAAUCUGGGAAAUCAAGUCAUCGAACCCGUCAUGUCCGUCAUUGCGGUGUUGAUGCUAAUGUUUUUUGGAAUGCGCGGCCUUGUUCUUAUCGGUGGGCUAUACCUCUUCUCUCGGUUUAGCCAACGGUAACUGAAAGAAUUGCGGUGCACUUAUAUCUGACUCUGUACAAUGACUCUUUUCUCCUUCCCCUUAUAAAACCAUUUAAGAAAAUACACCUACAAUUUUAACUCCACAAAGGAAAAUAGUUUGUUUAGCCAUCAGCAGCUUGAUCCCUGCAAUAUUUGGUUCAUUGUCGGAUGAUGGGAUCACUGCUCAGUUUGUGUGCAUUCAGGGGCAUCUUUCCUUUUAAAUGUCAUCAAGUGCUGAUCUUCCAGUUCAUUCAAAUCAGCCAACCAAAACUUAAAAUAAAAGAAGCUGUGACACAAAAGAAUGAACAAAAAGUUAGCAGAUUGUCUUAAAAAUCCAACUGGCUCAACUGGAGGGAGAUCCGCCAGGCGUGUGUGGUGUCUCAUGUCAUUGUGGUUAGCAGUUAGCAGUGCACCUCAGCUAAGACUGAGCAGAGGAAUGCAACACCUCUCCACGUCAUCAAACCAUCUCUACUGAAGGAGUCAUCGCCUCAAAUGACAAAUAUUCAUGCCAGCCUGGUGCUAAGAUCUUGGCGAAAGCUUCCUUUUGUUCAUGCCUGUGUUAACGGUACAAUGGGACUUUAAGAUAACUGUUACAUCAUGAGGGAGUGUUAACCAGUGCAUCAUGGUUACGUUACUGGAUUAGUAUCUGGUGGCCUGUUCUAUUAAAGCAGGAGACAUGAAAUUUAACUAAAUAAACCUGGACCAAAACAAUGGCAAGUCUCAAUGUGAUCAUUGAAUGAGUGGAUUUUGUGAUUUAAUGGAUUUUGUGUUUUGAAGGUGGAAGAAUUGGGACGCGAUUGCCAAUUUCUCUGUGCUCUAAAACAAGUGUGAAAUAAAAUUAUUACCAAUAAAUCUAUUAUAUGUA